AUGGUGGCUUGUAAUACUCCUGAUGGUUAUUCUGACAUUGUCUUUAUCUGUGGUGAAUUUAAAUCAACUAAACCAUUUUCUGACAAAGAGUUGCCUUCACAAGCUUUCAGUUUUCACCUAGAAAAUAGAACUAGAGAACUAGAAAAAGAGUUAUCAAUUACCAAAGAAGCCUUAGAAAUUGAAAGAGAAGAACAGUUAGAAGAAGAAAAUAGGAAGUUAAAAGAACUAACUCCCCAAGAAUUAUUUGAUAAACUAACAGCCAAUGAAAAAGAAAUUAGUGAGUUAAAAGUUCAAUUAUCAUAA